CAGCGCUCGCUCGCACGCACGCACGCGCUUCUCAGUUCCUACUCGUUAGAACGACCGUUUUCUCAAUGUAAACACCGUCUCCGCGUGCUUUGUUUUAGAGACCGUUCCCCUGGGCUUUUACCUCGUCAUGCGAUGGAUAUUCUGUGGCAAUAUCAGUUCAGGAUAAUUUUACUUGGGGAUUCGACAGUGGGAAAGUCGUCUUUGCUUAAAAGGUUUACGGAUGGCAUAUAUAGCGAUGUGGCGGAUCCAACGGUUGGUGUAGAUUUUUAUGCCCGCUCCCUAGACAUAGAGCCGGGGAUAAAAAUUAAACUGCAGCUAUGGGACACUGCUGGCCAAGAGCGGUUCAGGUCCAUCACUACUUCAUAUUAUCGUAACUCGGUGGGCGGGCUCCUGAUGUUCGACCUGACCAACCGCAAGACCUUCGAGCACGUCCGUGAAUGGCAUCGUGAGGUCAGCGAGGACAUCCUCCCGCACCACAUGGUCUACAUCCUGGUGGGCCACAAGAGCGACCUGGGUCGUGAGCGCAAGGUGACCCGCGACGAGGCUGAGCAGCUGGCCGCCGAGCUGGGCGUGCGCUAUGUGGAGACGUCGGCCAAGUGCAACAGUAACGUGGAGCGAGCCUUCGAUCUGCUCAUGCGUGACAUCUACGAGCUGAUGAAGAUGGGCGAGAUCGCCAAGCGUGACGGCUGGGACGGCGUGAAGAGCGGCCUCACCGCCAAGGUGCUCUACCCGGCUGAGGAGGAGGCCGAGAGGGAGAAGGGCUGUAACUGCUGACACCACCCACCCCCUCCACCUCCUGCCUCGCCGGCCCCCACUUGGCAGCCGCCUGUCCGUCUUUGCCGAGGCGCACACCUCACGCUUUCACGCUGCCAUGCCGCCCCUGGGUGUUUCCGAGGGCCUGGGGCAUCAUCACUGCUCACCCCCCGCACUUUUUUUUUGUCGUUGGUCUCCAUGAUGGGAAAUGUAGUUCUUGUUAACGAGAGCUGUGGAUAGGUUCCGGCUCUGAUUAAUCUGAACUCGGAUGGACGGAGCACAGCUGUCGGCAAGGAGAGAGGUCAGACCCAGGAAGACAUUUAGUGUUGUUGGAUGACUUGGGGCAACUUUUUGCUGAAAGACCCGCUGCCAGACUUUCAUGUUUUUGGGUUCUUCAUGUUGUCACUCAGCUCUAAGUCUUGUCCUGUUGGUAGUGCAGUUAGAUGGCAUGUAAUGUAUAUUCUCUCUGUGGAAAACUAUAAAUGCUUCUGGUCUUUCUCCAUGUAACAGCCAUAAAGGAAUUAUUUUUUUAGUUUCGUUAAGGUAACCACACCUUUACACCAUAUAUUUUCAUGUUUCCCGACUAGAAUGAGGUAUGUUGGUUAGAUUUCAUUUAGACUGUGUAAUUCAAAAUGUAUAAUUAGCACAGUUAAAAGGUAAAAGUUUCAUUGAAAUAGGCAGGUGGAAAACUGGGUAGCACUUCCAUGUGGUUUUGUAAAGUGUACACAGAGAGAAUUUUUAUAAUUUCAUCUGAAGUCAAGCUAUUCUGGUAUUGCCUUCUGUAUACUACUGUGUCUUGUCGUAAACAGUCCAAAUUAAUAUCUGCCAGGAAUUCCAUGUGCAUACUUGCCAAAAUAGUAAACACUCCAUCCAUCAGACAUGGAUCAGACAUGGAGUGCUGUAUGUAUAACCUUGUAAAUGAAUAACUGUAAAAUAUCUAAUAUGCAUCACCAAGAUGCCGUUCCAUCAGCUCAGAAUCCAAAUGUACCUAGCGCAGCCUGCCCCGCCUGCGGCUGCUCUCUGUGGUCAAACCACUGAGUCAUGAAAACCUCCCAAUGCCACCUGCUCCAUCUCCAGCUGGCCUGAGGACCCGCGUUGUCGCCCAGCAUCACCACCAUCGACGGGCAAGCUGGCGACCUAGUCAGAGAAUUGGGCGGAGCACUAUAGUGGGCACGCAACUUCUCCCCCUGCUCUAGAGGGAACUGCCAAAAUCUUUGCAUUUGAGCUUUGUGUAGGCUGGUUGAAUUUGGUACUUACUCUAAUGCAUACAAUAGUGCAUUCAAGGUCUAUUAGAUAUGUAUUUGAUAUAUGCAUCCAUUGUUACCUCUAAUACUCUCAGAAUCUGUCUAUUAUUUUAAUAUGCAGAAUGUGAGUGAAAUGAGAUGAGUUAAUUACUCAUUUUUGAGUAUAACUCUUAAAACAAUUCCAAAUGUUUGGUGGCAACAUUUUAAUUCAUUUUUUUAUGAGAUUCAUGUGUCAUGGUGAUGCAUCUUCUUUGGUUCUGCUAACCAAAGCACGACUUUUCCCUUUAUUCUGACCCAUGGUGGUGUGUAUAUAAAUGGCCAGUGUCCUGCAGAGCCACAGCUUAUAGCUCACAUCGACUGUUCUACAUCCAUAUCUCACCAGCAUGUCAUCAGAUAUCCACUUGCUCCUACUGUAGUUGACCACAUGCAGUUUGUGUCCUUUGCAUACAUUCUGUUAACCUUGCCAUGUGCUGUGUGUGGGUGUGGGUGUGUGUACAUGCACGCUUCUGGUGUGCUAUAAGGCGAGUGCAUAUAGGAGUCUCCAGAGUAUGCUGUCCUGGGCCUUUACUAGCCAGGUUAAGAUCUGGUGGGUGUUAAUAGCUAGUCCAUCUUAACUCUGAAUUACUGGGCUUUGAAAAACACUUUACAUAUGAAUGACUAUAUCUCUCCAAUGCACAGAUCCUUUAUGAAAUACUAAAAUGUAUGUUCUCUAUUUUUCUCAAUUUAGAUCAUAGUGCAAUAUGCCUUCCAUAAUCAUAAAGAAAUAAUUUCAUCACACAGUGAAAAAAUUGAUUGAAUUUUAAAUAAAUUUGACCAAUGCAGUAGAUCUUGCCAGCACCAGAUGUGACAUGGGGAAGGUAAUCUGGAAUACAGGACCUCUUUUGAAGUUAUGGUACUCCCAACAGUUUAUUCAAAGCUGCUAUACACUCAGUGCCAACAAUUCAUCCUUCACAUGCUUCCUUCAUAUAAGUGUCACUAAUACAGGGUUCAUUUUGUACAUGAGUGUUUUAUAUAAAGGCUUCUGGUAUGUGCUGUAAAAUAAUUGCUUUUUUUGUGCAUGCAGCUCAUUCCACUAAAUUUCUUUCAAACAUCGGGUUGGCUGGACCAUGCUUGAGCAGAGAGAGCAAGAGCUGUAUUCAGGUGGUGGCAUAUUUUGCCACCAAAAUAAAGUACAGAAUCAAUUUGGGAUAGUUAUUCUUGGAGUGUAAAAGCUAAAGUAUAUUUGUGUAGCUGUUAAUAGUAUCAAUUCUUAGAAAGCUGUCAGAGAAUAAUAGAAUAUAUAUCAGCUGACAGUGACUGACAAACACAAUCACAAGAUGUAAGUUGUUAUGAAGUAGAUAAUAAACGGUACCGUUACUGCCUGACAAUAAAAUAAGCAUACAAGGCCUCACAUUGUGACCUUUGUCAGUACAUACUUGAUUAUUGUGCAAAACUCAUUACUAUAGUAAUCUUCUGUACAAAAAGAGACUUUGAACAAAUGCAUUACAUGCUUUAUUUAUAUGCUACCUGGUUAUUAAAUGCUUAAUUGAGCUUCCUUUUUAUAGUAAUUUUUAUUACCUUGCCAUUGCUUUAUUGUACAAUUGUACAAUGGCGCCCCUCUGUGGUAGCAAAAAACUGCAAUGACCAGCUUUUACUCCAAAAGGGGAUGGAGAUGGAAUUUUAUGAGAUUCUGUUUCUGUUGUCAAAUAUUGUUAUGGCCUGUUUCAGGCUUUCUCUGUUGCCAUUUGAACUACUAAAUCUUCUGAAAGGUAAAUUCACUACAAUAAAUAUAGCUAUUCAAAACAGAAAAAUGGUAUGUACGAAUUUUAUAAUUUUUUCUCCAAACUAGAUCUCUCUUGCUCAGAUGAUAGGCAGCCUAAAAGCUCCAUCCUGGAACAUGAAGUCAACUGAUCCUAGCAUAAACUGACACAGAUGGGUGAAAGAAACAAGUAGAUGUUACAGCUAAAGCUUCUAGGAGUUAUGUGCAACAAGCUUUUAGACUUUGUAAAGUGUCACUAUAAUGUUGUGAUUUAAUGUGUGGUGUGAAAAUAAAUGAUUUAUGUUUAAA